UAUGCCAGCCAAGAGGACUCGCCGUUCAGAUUCAUCAGCCACUGCAGUCGAUGCUUCGCCAGCCAAAAAGAGCAUCAAGGAGGAAGCAGUUUCAUCAUCCGAACCAACUGCCGUAGAGCCAGUGUCGCCAGAGAAGAAAAUGGACACUUCUAAUAGUGAAGAAGCAGAAAAGAUGGAAGUAUCGAAAGCUCUGAAAUUUGACGAAAACGAGUAUGUUUUGAGUCGUUCUUCGGACCAAGACAUCGCUGAUUCUUCUGAAAUAACUCUGAAGUUGAAAUCAGUGGUUAACGAAAUGGCAAAACUGAAAAGCAAAGACGUAGUUAAUGAAGCUGAUAAAAACCAAAUGGUCCAACUGAAAUCAGAAGCAUGUGUUUUGGUUACUCUGAUGCGUAGAUUGAACAGAUAUGGUCAAAUAAGGUGUAAGUUACUGCGAGAAAAAUCAUCAGCUGCUAAGGAAAAAGUGGACGCAAAAUAUUUGCAACUUAUGAAUGUGCAAUACGAGAUUUCGCAUCUCAAAAAAGAGAUUCAAAAGUGUCUCAAUUUCAAAUCAAAGGACGAGGAAAUUGAUUUGGUUUCGAUUGAAGAGUUGAAAUCAAACGCGGACGCAGAAAUUUACGACGCUGAAAAAGUGGGAGAUGAUCCUUAUUUACUGAAGUUAGCUCAAUUACAGUUCGAAUUAUCUGAGAGGAAGCGGUUGGGUGGAGAAUUUAAAGAAUCUGUGCGUGAAAGAGCAAAGGUAAAAGCCGUUAUUGAACAGAAAAAACGGACGCUGCAUAAGCUUCUGCCAAAUGUUGAUGAGGUAAUCAAAGCGACAAAACCUCUCGAGGAAGCUCUGGGAGUCGAAACUUUUUUCAGUGAGAUUCACGAUCGAGUGAAACACCUCCCAACUCCGUUGUUUGUUCUCUAUUGCCAAGCUACGGCGUAUGCGGAAGCAUUCGGUGAUGAUUCGAUGGUCACUGUUAAAGUACUUGGGAACCCACCGGAAAGCGAGAGUAGCGUUGAUCCGUCCGUCCUUCUAUCCGAUGAAGACGAUAAAGAUGAUGCGAACGGAGCUUCCGAACAGCAGUCCGAGGACAGUCGUAGCUCACGCGGAGUUGCAAGCAAAGGAGUUGAAGCGGGAACUAGUAGUGACGUCGUGGAAACACCAGCGGCAAUCGUGAACAAAACGGGAAAAUUGUUGAAGGAGCACCCGAUGAUGGUUUCUAUUGAAGUAGGUGUGAAAGACAGGUUGGAGAAAAUAGAAAUGGUCUUUUCGUUUCUGGUGUGUCUUAAUUUGGUGGUGGUCAAACCGAGAUUGAAGACCUCGCCUGCUAAUUCGCUGACGACUGUCUUGACCAAUUUGUUUCCGAAGGACGAGGGAGCCGAUACUCCUAAUCCAUCGAAUUAUUUCAUGUUCGAAAAAUACGGAGUCACCUCGUUCUCGAAACUGACAAGACAGACUGGGUUCGCGUACCACUGGGUGCAGCGUAUAUGUGGAGUGGACUUCAAGACCCUGCGUGCGGGAGAUGCUGUCAAGUGGGAGGACAGUGUGGCUGCUCACUCUCUCGGCCAGACUGUCUCCAUGGUGCAAGAGAGAGUGAGGAGCAGGAUAGAACUGGCCAGACAGGUCGGCAGUCUGGAGAAGAAAACAGUUCCUCUGCCGCCUCUGUGUCUGGAAUUCUACCCUACUAAACUGUCCACCAGCAUUCUGAAGUUCCAGCCCAUCUCCAGUGAGGAGUACAGAAGUGGGCUAAAGAUUGACCCGUCUGCUUUCUCAGAGGCCAGAGAGAACGCCAUGCAUUUCUUCGCAGUGCUGGUUAAGAACUUCCAGAGCAAAGAACAGCUCCACGCUUAUAUUGAGGUGAUGCAGAACUAUCCCAGCUCAUGCCCUGUGUUCAACCUUCGAUUCUCACCCGUGCAGUCAGACCUCCUCACAAAUUGGGCCGCCCUCUUGCGCCAACUGGAAGAAGAGGCCAACAUCAAAGCACUCCAAGUAUGUCCCAAAGAACACAAGAGUGACUUGCUAACCGUCCAGUUGUACCACCUCAUGUGCUGCUUCGAGGUCAUGACCGAUUCGGGAAGAACGAGCGAGAGAGUUUACCCGAGACAGUUCAAAGGUCGUAACAGGGCCAGACCCUUCACAUACAAACCGAACACAGGCCUGUUCCUGUUUAACUGAAACUUGGAAGAAACUGAUUUACAAGCUGAAUUUGUUAAUUGUUGGCUACCUUGCACUUAACAAACGAUCAGAAACUUAUUUAAUGGCUCUCAUGAUUUUUUGUUGAUAAAUUGUUCCAUUUUUGUCUCCUAGUUCUUUUCCCGAAUUUAAAAAAUGUUCAAAA